AGUGUAUGCAGAAACAGCCACAUUCAUGCAGUGCAAUGUUUUACUUUUAUUUUUUCAAAGUUCAACUGACCAUUGUGUCCUCAAUAUCAAUAUUUCAUUCAGUUGUUUCGUUUUCCCUGUAAUACAAUACAAAUACAACAAUUGGAACAGUAAAUUACAAUGGUCAACGUCACUCUGACCUCUGACUACUAUGUGGAGGAGGAGGACUUGUGGUAACGGUGUUCAAAGAAAAGGUCUGUAGCGGCGAACGUAUGAAAUCCUCUGGAACAAAUAAAAGACGCUUCCCUUGGGUUCAGCCUUUGAUCCAGAUCACAGAAAGCAACUCUGUCAUGAGCAAAUGGACCGUGGCCAGACAUGGGACAGAAUGUUCCAGAAGAAGCGCUGAGACUGAUCCUGAUUGGAAAGGUGGGAUCUGGGAAGAGCGCCUCAGGGAACACCAUCCUGGGCACACAACACUUCCUGUCUAGGUUAAGCGGAAGCUCUGUUACCAAAGUCUGCCAGCUGGGGACCUCUGACUACCAUGUGGAGGAGGAGGCGGGGGGGACGAGGAGGAUGAGGAAGAAGGUGGUGGUGGUGGACAUGCCAGGUUUUGGAGGCACACACCUGACCGAGGAGCAGAUCACCACGGAGGUCAGCCAAUGCAUGGCCCUGACGGCCCCCGGCCCACACGCCUUCCUCCUGGUGGUCAAGGUGGGACGCUUCACAGAGGGGGAGAACCUGGCCGUCGAUAUGAUGGCUGAUGUAUUUGGUGAAGCGGCACUCGGCAACCACACGGUGUUGCUGUUCACCUGGGGAGACGACCUGGAGGAGUCGAUGGAGCAGUACCUGGCCUGCGCACCUGCUAAGCUUGAGGAUUUGAUCCGCAGGUGUGGAGGCAGGUACCAUGUAUUCAACAACUGUAUAAAAGAUGUGAAUCAAGUUGAUGAGCUACUGAGUAAGGUGGAGAAGGUUAUGGUGGACAACGGUGGAAAGUUUUACACCAAAUCCGAGGAGAAGUGGUGGUGGGGGUGGUGGUGGUGGUGGUGGGGGUGGUGGCGGUGUUGGGAGUCACGGUGGUGGCCGCUUGUGUGAAGGGUUUAGCAUUUUGGUGAAGUUUGUGCCCCCACUAACCGCUAGUGCCAAGAAAAGUGCUGUAUGCAGUCCAUUUUACAUUUACAUUUAACCGUGGGGGGGAUCACUAGACUGGGUAGCCCCGCCCAUUCUUCCGGCAUUCGCACUGCACAAGGGUCUGAGAAGGGCAAUACAUUUCUUGCUGCUGUCACGUUAAAAUUGUAGCGGGGGCGAAAAUUGUACCGGCCUACGUCAUCUGUUGUUUACAUCUU